UAAUCAUGUGACUGACUGCUCUGUCUACCGGAAAGAAACGUCAGUGAUUUUUUUCAGUGCACUACGCAAAUGGCGCAGACUGUUGGUGCUGCCUUAUCUGGGGCUACGGAGAGUUCGUAGGCGGCGUAGGUGAAUCACUGGUAUUUCAUGCAUUGACGUAAAUCUUUUGGUACCGAGCGGAGAGGAGAUGCACACGGCACUCGAGUGAGUGCAUGUUUCAGAAGAGCUGGAAACCGCCCCCCCCACCCCCCUCACACAGUAGCACCAGGACUGGGGGCCAAGCAGGAGGCACAUUAAGGAGACCAGAAGUAAGGGGACAAUGCGAGUCCACAUGCACACCAAGUUCUGUUUCCUGUGUGUGCUCACCUUCCUCUUCCAUCAGUGCAACCACUGCCAUGCACAAGGACACAGCCAUCAGAAUGGUGGGCAUCACCAUGCCGACCGCACCCACGAUCAUAGUGACCUGCAGAUUUCUGAAACUCCGUACGUGAGAGGAGCCACUGUGUCUCCGGAGUCCAAGAGACCCCAGGGGGACUCUCUUGAGGAGGAACAGCGCUUCUACAUCCAGCAACUCUUCAGGCGCUAUGGCAAGAAGGAUCGGCUAGAUUUCCAGGGAUUUCAGAGUCUGCUGUUUAGCUUGGGUCUGGGUGAAGUGAAGUUGGUAGGCUUGGAUCAUGAGGAUUUGGGCCAUGACCACGUAGCCCACCUCGACAUGCUGGAUAUGCAGGAGGGGCUUCACUCACAUUCAUCUAUCACUGAAGGCCAUAGUCAGGGACACGGGCAUGACCAUUCACACCAUAAACCUGGCUUCCAGCAUCCACAGACAGAGCAGGUUCCCACACCAUGCAGUCAGCAGACUCCAGGUGCUGGUGCACCUACAGGGCAUGACCAUGACCAUGACCACGAUCAUGUCCAUAAACAUGAUCAUGAAAUUGGUGGAGAACAUAAUCAUGAUCGCACCAAGGUAGAAAACAGUGAUCACAAACAUUCUGAUGGACAUGGGAAGGACACACAUGAUCAUGACCACGAACAUUAUCAUGAUCACGAAUAUGAGCAUGCACAUGACAAAGAGCACAAACUUGAGCAGGUCCACUUGCGAUCUAACCACAAGGACCUGUCUUCUCAGCCUCACAGUGACCAUGACCACAAUGAUCACAACCAUCAUGGUCAUGAACAAGACCACAGUCAUGUUCAUCAAAUACAGACCAGCACAGACAUUUCUCCCAUCAACCAGGGACAGACCCCCUCUGGCCACUUGGUGCCAUCCACAGUCCCUCAGGAGCUACAUUCUUCUUCUGUCCCCACAGAAAGCCAGCCCAAGAAACCCAGAAAGCCAGCAAGGGUUAGAGGACAGCGAGGGCGAAAUAAAACCCUUUCUCCUGUCACACCUCUCCCUGAUGUCCAUGUCCAUGACCAUGAACACACUCAUGUCCAUGAUCAGAGACACGGUCACAGCCAUUCUCAUAAAGACCAUGACCACACUCAUGACCAUGAUCACAGACACGGUCACAGCCAUUCUCAUAAAGAUAAAAGAGAAGCACCAGGAGGACCGGCCACCCCAGCUUUCCCAGUUCCCUUCCUGUCAGGGCAUCCAGGUGGAUUGUCACAUCAACACGAAGAGUGCUUGAACCUGACUCAGCUUCUCACCUACUAUGGCCUGAGUCCUGAAUCACUCAUCUCCCCCAGUCAGUUCACCUACCUGUGUCCAGCCCUGCUUUACCAGAUAGACAGUCGUGUCUGCAUCCGCCACUACCACCAGAUGGAUGUAGAGCAGGAAGCCUUGGGGCCUGUCAGUUCCGUGUGGGUGUGGCUCUGGGGUUUUGUGUCCAUCACCAUCAUCAGUCUGCUGUCUCUGCUGGGUGUGGUACUCGUGCCCAUCCUCAAACAAUCCUGCUUCAAGUUCCUUCUCACCUUCCUGGUGGCGCUGGCAGUGGGCACGCUCAGUGGCGACGCUCUGCUUCACCUGCUGCCUCAUUCGCAAGGACAGCACGACCACAGUGAGAAUGAGACAAGCCAGGACACUGAUCUGGUAUCAGCCUUUGAUGGAGUGUGGAAGGGGCUAACGGCGCUGGCUGGCAUCUACCUCCUCUUCAUCAUUGAACACUGUAUCGGCAUGUUUAAACACUACAAAGACCAAAGGGGCGUGAAGAAGGGCAGUGAGGAAGGCAAGAUUGGCAGGAAGCUGUCAGAUCACAAGCUGAAUCGGCGCUCAGACGCAGAGUGGCUGCACCUGAAGCCACUCAGUGAAGACCCUGAGAGCACAGCCAUCUCCUGUGAGAACAGUCACAACAACACGCAGCUCACGCAGCUCACAGAGCUCACAGAGCUCACAGAGCUCCAGACACCGGACUCUCCCACCACUAAGACAUCUCUCACACCCACAAACUCCCAGCAGGACCAACAGCCAUCCACCAAGGAGAACGGACGCAAAGCCAAGCAGCAAAGACACAGACACUCCCACGGCCACGGACACUCCCAUGGUGGAAACUGCCACUCAGACCAGGAGAUGAAGGAUGCUGGUAUAGCCAGCAUCGCCUGGAUGGUCAUCAUGGGAGACGGCAUGCAUAACUUUAGUGACGGCCUGGCUAUAGGAGCAGCGUUCAGUGCCAACCUGACAGGAGGCAUCAGCACAUCAGUGGCUGUUUUCUGCCAUGAAUUACCUCAUGAACUUGGUGACUUCGCGGUGCUGCUGAAAGCUGGGAUGACAGUGAAGCAGGCCAUUGUCUACAAUCUGCUAUCCGCCCUCAUGGCCUACGUUGGCAUGCUGAUUGGCACAGCUGUGGGCCAGUACACACACAGUCUCACCAGCUGGAUCUUCGCCAUCACAGCUGGCAUGUUCCUUUAUGUGGCUCUGGUGGAUAUGCUGCCAGAAAUGCUUCAUGGGGACAGCGAGGACCACAAGCGCUGCCAGCUGGGGCACUUUGUCCUGCAGAACCUGGGCAUGCUGACCGGGUUCGGCAUCAUGCUGCUCAUCGCCAUCUAUGAAGACCGCAUUGUUUUCAAUUUUGACUUUUAGUAGAGGAGAGAGGGAUGGGAGAGCUGGAUUAUUUCAGUAUUGUCCUUCUUUGCCUUAAACAUGCUUUGGUUGCAGUGUAUCAGCCCAGUCUUGCAUGUGAUGCGAGUCUUGUUCAUGGCUCCAUUCCAAACAGGCAGCGUUACCUUAUGCAGAGCUCAUGGCUCUGCUGGUGAUGUUGACACUCCACUCCUCUGUCAUCUCUCUUCCAUCAGUUCCAAUCUGUCUGCUCCCUGUGAAGCAAAAAAACAAAAAGAGGCUUAAUGGAAGAAGAGCAAAUCUGAACUGCAACAAGAAAACACCCCCUCUGCUCUGAACACAUCUAAAAAAAGAAUUCUUCUACAGUCUUCCUGCAGAGACCUAUGUGUCAUGGCCCAGCAGCUCCCCACCUAUCCAUCAUCACCUGUUGUUAGCGUGUUGUCGUCGUAGUCCUCCGACGUCCUUGUCGCUUAUCCAGCCUGUGCCGUAUCCCAUCAUCCAUGCCUUGUACAUCUGUGGUCUGUGUUCCAUGCCCCAUCCAUCAUCUACUUUAAAUGUCAUCACGCUGUGUAUCAAACAUCUCGUGUCUGCAUGCCAAGCCCUGGCCACUGGAGCGGCAUCACAGCUGCACUGCACAUUGUCCUUAAAGCGACACAGAGCUCACUGUAGCCAGCGUCAUGGAAUAACAUCUGGAAUAAACCCUUUAGCUCCUGUUUUCAUCUGAAAAAUAUGUGGACAGCCUUUAAGCUGCACUGUCAGUGUUUCUCUGGCUGUACAUGGGAGAUUGUCUAAAUGGCUCAGUAUUUUUUUUUUUAGCUUUUACAGUCUUCUUUUUUUCUUUGUUUAGAAAUUAGAUGUCAAAUGUCUGACCAACGUUUUUUAAGGGUUUGACAAUCUGUAGCUAAAUGAGACACGUGCUUGUUAGGCCUUUGCGUUUUUAAAGGCGUCAGCUGCAUCAAAAUGUGAAAAACUCAUUAAUCUUGUCUUGUUGAAAAAGUGCUGUAACUAACUAAUUAGUUUUGGUUAGGGUGUCUCUUUGAAUUCCUAAAAGGUGAAGCUAAACGUAGCAAAAAGCAGCUCAGCGUAAAAUUUUGUUGAAGAACUUGUGUGAAGGAAUAAAUCAGCUUCCUGACAAUCAGAGCCAGACCGAGCAGGAGACAGUUCUGUUGUAUCACAGUAGAACUAUACUCAGUACUGCAGUAUUCCCUGCACUUGAAACAGGAUUAACGCCUGGCUGUCAAACCAUGGAACAACAGGUUAUUGAUUUUAAUUUUUGCAAACAUUCUUCAUGUAGGUUUUUGGGUGUAUAUAUUAUUGUCUUUGUGGCGACUGCGCUAAAACUGGCCCCAGUGUAACAGUGGCUGGAGCUUGACACUGCCUCCACCCCUACCCCAACAUUCCAUUGGCUGCAGCUCAUGUGACAAAAGCUAGCCAGCCUAGCUUCAACUGCUGGAGCACACAGAUAGUGUGUGCAUGUGUGGCCUCAUUUAUCCUGUCACUGUGUGACAUCCAUGGUCUAUGUCUUAGCUGGCUGUAAAUCAUAUUGAACUCGUGAUAUCGAUCAUGCAUGAAGCAUGAGUGAAGCAGUUCAGACAUUGUGUCGAGUGUGAAAUUAUUGUCAUUCUUUGUACUGCACAGUUAGAAUAUUGACAGUAUUUACUUUUUUAAACUUAAGGUGUGUGGGGAUCGUGAAGUCUUUGGGGUAUAGAGUAACUAGUGUUAGGAGCCGUUAGCUGAAAGCAAAUGAUCUGAAUAUACAAUCAGAAUAGAACUAAUCAUCUGCAUUUCCCAUCUUUUACUAACAUGCUAUUUCAUCCUGUGUUUCUGCUUUACUUUCAUUAUUCUAACAUGACAUAAUGUGAGCUCAUCUUAAAAUGAGCUGGGUGGGGGGGUGGUAAUACUUGUGUAAAUUCAAUUGAAACUGUCCUGUCAAGUGUUUGAGUUAGUGACACUAUGCCCCAAAGUUUCUUCACCAACUGAGAUGAAGGCCUGAUUGUUCUUAUUUUUGCUUUGUUAUAUGUAUGUUUGUUAAUCUGCAUAUACAGUGUCAAAUGUGACAUCUGUGCUGUUUACCUGUCUGUGCAUUCACCCUGUUAUGAAAAUAAGUAAACUCUGAGAACAACCUUGA